AAGCGUGUCACUCUCUGCUCUCAUUACUCUUUUUCUUUUCUCUUUCUCUUUCUCUGGACAAGGAAUCAAUUACCCUGUUCACGUUUGUUUUCUCACUACCACAAACACAAAGCCUACAAACCAAGCAAAUCAUCCCCUUCUUCUUCAAUCAUGCCCCUGUCAUAACACAUCGACAUACUAGACAACCUAGCUUCCAUGGCAGCUUUUUAACCUUCCUCUAUUUCUCACACCUAGAACAAACCCCUACCCCACCAAACAACACUUUAUUAUUCCCCUCUUCCUCACCCUCCAAUCUCUCAUCAUUCUCUUUCACCCGUGCUGCUCCAAUUUUAUUACACACCCAACAUGUACACAACAAAGAGAGAACAACAAAGGUUCAGGUUCCAAAACGACUCUAAAACCCCCUCCUUCUCUUCAACUCUACUCGAUAAAGUCUACCGUUCCAUCGACCAGAGCAACGACAUGAAGCUCUACAACGAAACGAUGGGGAAGAAACAGAGCAGAGUCGUCGUCGAAGAAGAAGAGAUAACAGCUGCCAGCAUUCGCCGCGCUUGUUUGCUUGAAAAAUGGAAUCGAAGCGAAAAGGUUGGAACUCAAUGGAAAACACAAACGCGUUGGCAUCAUCAUCGUCAUCACGAACAUGACCAGGACGUUAUGUUCUUCAGUUCAACUUCGAGUUCCUCGGAUUCUAGUUCUGGUUUGUUGUCCUCCUCUGACACGGAAUCAUUGUACGGACUGAGGUCGAAAUCGCGAUUUUCGUGUUUCGCGCCGCCGAGGCCGAAGCCAGUGAUGACGUCAGCGAGCAAUGAGGAGGGUCUAAGAAAGUCAAAAUCGAGGGCGUUAAAGAUUUACAACAAUCUGAAGAAGGUGAAGCAACCCAUCUCACCGGGGGGUAAGUUAAGUAAUUUUCUUAACUCUCUGUUGGCGACAGGGGGGAGCGUAAAGAAAACCAAAACCUACGACGACACGAAAGCUCCCAAGUCGGGACAAGACUCCACGUGUUCCUCCGCUUCCUCCUUCUCGCGGUCUUGUUUGAGCAAGGCUACACCUUCCUCCUCUAAAGACAAGUUGCGAGAUGGAGUUAAGCGAACGGUGCGUUUUUACCCCGUGAGUGUGAUCCUGAACGAGGAUUCUCGACCGUGUGGGCAUAAGUGUUUGUAUGAAGAGGACACGCGCGUAAUGGCGUGGAAAAUUGGGCGCAAGAAGAAUGAAGAUGAAGAAUUAAGGGUCGUGGAUAACAGUAGGCGCGUGGAGGAGGCUGCUAGAGAGUUCUUGAAAGAGUAUCGUCGAAGCCAGAAGAAGAGCGAUUUCAUUAAUUUGAGGGAUUUUACUAAUUUGGAUAAUGACGAUGAUGAUGAUGAUGCAGCGAGUUGUUCAAGUUCGGAUCUGUUCGAGCUUGAUCACCUAGCGGUGAUGGGAAAUAAUAGGUAUCGUGAGGAUCUUCCCGUUUACGAGACUACUUAUGUUAGUACUAAUCGCGCCAUUGCUAAUGGCCUCAUAUAAUGUACUACUAGUAGUUCUGUUCAUUUCAAGCCUAUGAUAAUAAAUUACAUGCAGAUUAUAUAUUACUAUAAUCAUUUUGUUUCA